UUUUCAGGUUUAUCGUGACAUAUUGUACGAUACGUAUCGCGUAUCGUACGAUAUUAAUAACUAUGGUGGAGACAUCAAUCUUGAACUUGAAGUGAAAUUUCAUGACUUCUAUUUUGUCGGUUUGUCUGGGAAAAGAGUUGGGUGUCUUUUGUUGAUUCUUGAUUGUUUGGUGAGCUUUGGGGUUUUGUUGUAUGUUGUUCUUUUGGGUAUUUGGAGCUCCUGCUCUAUUUAGCAUAGUUUUCUUGUUUUGUUUGUGAGGAUUGACUUUUGUUUGGUAUAAAGUUGUCUACACGAGAUGUUCCCCGUUGGUUUCAAGUGAUAUCUCUAUCUAUUAGAAGAUGUUAUGUGGAUUUUAUUCUAUUUAUUUUUCAUAACUUCAUCAUUUUGUGAAGGUUAUCAUGUUGGGCAGUUACGGCUAUAUAUGAAAGACGGUUCUCAAAAUUUUAAUGGCGCCAUGCCCGUGUAGUUCUGCCCUUGAAUGGUUAUGACGCAUUGUUACCAGCAAUCGGCAAUUGUGGUUGUCUAGAGCCACCCCGGGAUUUGUCUCUUGUAAAGGCUUUUUUUUCCCCCUUUGUUGUCAUUGUCCUCUUGUCCCUGGGAUUAAUGAAUGUUAUGCUGCUCUACUUUGUAAUUUAUCACCUUGAGCUGCAAUGCAUGGAAACCGAGCUGAUAUUUUACUCCCAUUGAGGCUCGGGAUUGCUAACAGUGGUUACUGACCCUUUUUAAUUGAGGCUUGGGUGUAUUUCCUUUUCUUGGGUUGCAUUUUCUAUUCAUUGGUGUUUUGCAAAAAAAAAAAACCUGUACGGUUUGGAAAGUAUUUCCCAUUGCAAAUUUUCUUAUUUCUGCUUUUUCAUUGUGUCUGUACUUUCUUAUUUCAAAACCCACCUUUUAAACUAGGCCUGAUCUGAAUUUAUAUUGAACAGAAGAAUCAUGAAAUUUUUGAACCUUUUAUUGAAGAUGGGGUACCGUUUGAUGAAUAUUGUCAGUCCAUGGAAAAAGAUGGCACAUGGGCUGGACAUAUGGAGUUGCAAGCUGCUUCUCUUGUUACGCGUUGUAAUAUAUGCAUACACCGACAUACAUCUCCUAGCUGGUACAUACAGAAUUUUGGUAACCUUGAAGCGCAGACGAUCCAUCUAUCUUAUCAUGAUGGGGAGCAUUACAAUAGUGUGUGGUUGAAGGAAGACACUUGUAGUGGACCAGCUAGGUCAAUUGUAAUCAAGGCUGAUGCUGAUCUUUCAGCAAAAUCUAAUCAAGCAAAAUAUGCUGUCACCACUUCUAAAGGGGGAGCUGGGAAGAAUAUCAUCCAGGCAGGAUCUAUCAAAACGGUCAUGGGUAGAAGUGGAUGUGAAAAUGCAGAAAAAGUUGAACAGGUGAUACCUGCUAAAGAAGUGGCAGUUUGUUGUCUUUCCUUCUCUUUACAGUCUCCAAAGUUGCAGGGUGUUGUAACUCUGCUGAUCCUCUUCGUGGCUGUGGUCUUUUGCCACAUGGAGCUUCUGAAGAAGUUUUUGUUUUCAUAUGGAUUUGUUCCAGGUUUUACUUCAAGUGGUGGUGUUGUUGAUGCUGCAAUUGAGUUCCUCAUAGCAGAACAAGGAACAGAAGAAUAUUUAUCUGAAAGUGAUAGUGUUCCUUCUUCAGCAGAUAUUUCUCAUGGUAACGGCUGGUCUGGAGGAUUAUUUUCAAUUGUUUCUAUUAAAGCUCCUUUUCCUUCAGAUUUUCCUAUCAUGGCGUCGGAUGACAUGGGAUCCAACCUGCAAGUCCAUGCCUCCCUACUGGGGAUGGAGGAGGUCACGGGGAUCACGCUUCAUCUGCUGUUCUUCUCAUUUAACAAACUCAUGGGCGGGAAACAACAUUAAUGUCAAUAAAUGACCAUCCAGGUCUCAUUAGUUAGAAAAGUAAGGAAUAAGAUUGAAAACUUUUAUGUUUUUAUAUUUUUUUUAAUUUCCCCCAAAACGAGCUUAAGAUCAGGAACCAAACGGACUAAGAAGAAAUAAAAGAAGGAAGACUUCAUCUGCUCCAAGCCCCUAAAAAAGUAAAGAGUGAACACCUUAAAAAAAUGGAAAGAGUGGAUGAAUGGCUCGUCCAACUGGAAACAGUAAAUGCAUAGGUCAUUAGAAGGAGUUCGGGGAAGAUAUUUAACAAGGAAAUCAAUUAAGGGAUUGUCGUAGACUAGAACUCUUUUACUUAAAAAUGUUGUUAUUUACUA